AUGGUUCUCUUGCAGGAGGACAGCAGAAAGAUGAGCCCAUGUUCCAUCUGCCGGGAGCACCUGAAGGAGGCUGUGAGCACCGACUGUGGGCACUUCUUCUGUCGAAAGUGCCUGGCCCAUCACCUGAAGUCCUCAGCCCAGGAAGCUGUCUGCCCCAUCUGCCGCGCCCCCUGUUCAGAGAAGGUGUUGGGAGAAGGCUACAUCUGCCUGCUCCACGAGAAGACAGUGAGCCUGUUCUGUGAGGAGAGCUGUCUCCUUCUCUGUGUUAAGUGCCUGGAGUCCCCUGAACACCAGUCUCAUCGGGAGCUGACAAUUGAAGAUGCCAUCAGCCACUACAAGGAACGACUCAACCGCCGGAGCAGGAAGCUCAGAAAGGACAUCAGGAAACGUCGGCGACGCAAAGCAAAGGAGGAAAAGAAACUGCAGAGUCUUUAGUUUGGGGUAGGCUGCGGGAAUCGCAGGCUGGAGGCUGAGCUGGCGAGCAGGCACCAAGCCAGGGGGCAGCUGAACACCUCCCUCCCUCAGCAGCAGCUGGACCUGCUGGAGGACGCGCAAGCAGUGAAGGCCAGAAUCUCGGACCUUUUGAGGGAAAUAAUCCAGCUCAACAGCCUGGUCACUGAUCUGAACAGGAUGGCCAAGCAACUAGAGGCCAACAAGCUAAAGGUCUACUUGGUGCUUCUUCAGGCCUACCAUCUCAUGAGCAUGUCCGUCUUCCCUGCUGCCCACAGCCAUGACCUGACUCUUGACCCUGUGAAACUUAGGCGAUAG